AUGUCGGCGCCUAAGAUUCCUCCCUCAGAGUGGGAAAAAUACCGGCAGGUUGUCCGCAGCCUAUAUGUGGACAAGAACUUGCCUCUUGACGCUCUUGUCAAGGAAAUGGAAACAGCCCACGGAUUUAUCGCCACAAAAUCACAGUACAUUCGCAAGUUGGCAGCCUGGAAGAUUGGAAAGAACGCCACCACGAUUGCCUGGAAAAAGGCUGCUGUAGUUAUCGAAAAGCGAAAGCGACAGGGCAAAGAGUCUGAAAUCUGUAUUGAUGGGAAACUGAUCCCUUGUAAGAAGAUGAAGAAGGAGAUAGCAAGACAUAGGCCUCCUCUUCCAGAGAUUCUUGAGAUGUCAGCUCAUGAAAUAGAUCUCCCGGGAGAUUUUCUCGUUCGGACGCCGCCUGCAACAACGUUUCAUCCUACUCAACUUCAUCAAUGGAAGAUGCAACUCCAUGGUCUUCCUUGGAUGAAGUUUCGGGAUGCUUUUAUGUCAUGUUCAACAUUAUUCGCAGGGUCUGGUCUCGGCAAUGCCCCAAUGGACCUUGUAACGAAUUUCCUCGCCCGAAUCCCUAAUUUAACAACAAUUGCCACUGCUUCCCGGACGGUUGAGCACUAUGAUAGAAUAUUACCGUUAAAAUUGGGCAACAGAGUUCCGGCGACGGAGAACUCCCUGAGAGACGGAUUUUGGCCUCAUUUCAUCCUCUAUUUUGUUUACCUCGCAUCGAAUAAUCUUCUCGGACGCCAGCUAGUUAGAGACACGCUUGGGUGGAUCGAUAGCACAAAGAACAUCCAAGUCAUAAAAGCUCUCCUUCAAUUCAAGGGUCCAACAAUCGAAAUAUGCACCUCUGCCCUGUUUUCGGGAGCCAUUUGCAAUGAAUCAGCUAGUAUAGUUCAAUUUUUCCUGCGGAAUGGAUAUGACCCGGACACUUCACCACAUCAUUGCUACAUCCACGAUGGACCCACCAUGCUGGAGAUUGCGAUUGGAACGAGAAAUAUUACAGUGAUAAGGCUGCUGUUGGAAUUUGGGGCCAACCAAACCCUGACGACCAAAAGUGGACAUACUCUACUUCGCCUUGCUAUCGAAAAAGGAGACGACACUAUCAUCAGAAUUCUCUUGGGAAAUGGAGCUGAUCCAACCAAUGCCUUAUGCAUUGCGAGUUACGGAAGCUUAGCCAGCUAUGUUGACAGCUCUUGUGAUGAGGAUAUUAUCCAAUUAUUACUUGAAGCUGGGGCGAGCAUCGAUGGUGAAUCGCCCGGGCCAGUCAUUAUUGACGAUGACGAGGAACAUUGCUAUUUCAACGAUGUACCACUUGUCAUAGCCGCCCACACACAUAAUACCCGGGUAGCACGAUUCCUACUCAGGGCAGGCGCGAAUGUAAAUCAAGUCGAUACAGAGGAGGGAUCAGCGAUUCAGAAUGCCGUCAAAAAUGGUGAUAUGAAUAUGGUCAAGCUGUUAGUUGAGGCUGGGGCGGAGGUCAACCUUAACAAGGAACGAUAUAGCGACGCAUGGGCAUCAUGGGCAUCAUGGGCUCUAUACAUCGCGACGCCGUUUUUUUCUCCGCUCCAAUUAGCGACACAAGCCAACAACUUUGGGAUGAUCAAGUAUUUGCUUCAAUGCAAUGCUGAUACGAAUGAUCUUCCCGCUUUGGAAAUCCUUGAAAAAGAUCUCCGAUCGGGGGAUUAUGAGACCCCGUUGAGUUAUGCUGUUCUUGGUAAUAACCUGCAGAUUGCCACGCUACUUCUGGACUCAGGCGCAAACCCUGACGCCGUUUCCUUACAUGGACAUACGGCGCUUGGGGUUGCGUGCAGAGUAGAGAAUGUACAUAUGAUAAAAUUGCUCCUGGCCUAUGGGGCGACGCCUCAAUAUCACCUGGGUCCAGAAUCUGGGAGCUCACCACUGCAGGUUGCAAUCCUCCACAAGGAUCCGACAUUAGUCGACGAUUUGCUUCAAAGGGGAGCGGACAUCAACUCUCCUGCAUUCUUCGAAGGAGGGAGAACUGCAUUGCAGGCUGCAGCAGAAGCAGGAAAUGCCCCGCUCUUCAAACUUCUGAUUAACAUGGGGGCAGACAUCAACUUGCCUGCCGCUGCCGAGAAUGGUGUGACAUGUCUGCAGGCUGCCAUGCUUUCGGGAAAUGAUGAGAUUAUCGAGACGAUAAUGAAUUAUGGAGGAACUGCAACGGCGGAUUCAAUAUUGUGCGCCGUCAAGAUGCGUUCUCCCAAAAUGGUAGACUUUGCGAUGGGGCUGGGGGCGGAUGUGAAUUCGCCCGGUUUCGCUUAUUUAGGUCUCAAAAUCAAGCAUCUUCUUGUGGUAACACCGCUUGUCUUGGCUAUAUACAAUCAAGAUUUUGAUAUGACCCAUAAGCUUUUACUUUCAGGGGCCAAUGUGUCCCCGAUAGACUGCGAGUCUGGGUCAAUCUUGCCUUUACACCAGGCUAUUCGUGCGCGCAAUCUGCCUAUCACGAAAAUAUUACUCUCAUUUGGAGCUGAUCCCAACCAAUUGGAACCACGGUCUGGAGAGAGCAGCCUUGGCAUGGCCACAAGUUUCCAUCUUGAUUAUGGGAGGUAUUUCCCACUCGUUGAGGGGAGGGUGGACCCCGAGUUGAUGACGCCCAUUAUUCGUGAGCUGAUAAGUCAUGCCGCGGAUGUUAACCUAAUGGCUAAAGGGAUAUACCCAAUUGAGAAUGUGAUAAGGAGCUACGAAUUAAUGGAGAUAUUCCUUGAGGCUGGAGCUGACAUCCAUGCCCCGAAGAACAGCCUGUUAGCAAGAGCCAUCUGUGGGGAGUUCAGCACGGUUGGAUUGUUGCUCGACAACGAUGCCAAUGUAAAUGGCCAAGACAAAAAAUGCGGAACACCACUUCAAGCCGCCAUCACGAUCGACAAUGUUGAGCUAGUUUCAGAGUUGCUCGCCAGGGGCGCCAAUGUCAAUGCCGAUCUCAGCAAUCUUGUUGCUUAUGCAGUCGAACUGAAACAGCCACGGAUCGUUGAACUCUUACUUGAAAAGGAUGCCGACACGAACGGUAUAAGCCCGUCGAAGCAGGAUGGGUGGCACCUUAUAAGUCGAAAGCUGGAUUCUUAUGACGGUGAAAAGACAGCGUUGAUGGCUGCAGCUGAGCAAAACAAUUUUGAAUUGGUCAAGGCUUUGAUUGAACGAGGAGCGAACGUGGAAGCAGACAAGGCGCCAUGGGGGGCAACUCCGCUCCAAGCUGCAUCAAUUCACGACAACUUGCCAAUGGUUCUGAUGUUGCUUGACCGUGGCGCAGAUGUAAAUGCCAAGCCAAGAGGCCACAUACGCAGGUAUAAUGAACAAUUGGGGUGCUUGAAAAGCUGGUGGUUUGGUCGUAGGACUGCGCUUCAAGCUGCGAGCGAGAAUCAGAAUCUACAAUUGGCUCAGCUUCUAAUUGAAAAAGGCGCAAAAGUUAACAUGGAACCUUAUGAAGACAGUGGCGCAACUGCACUUCAGCUCGCAGCGAUCAACGGGGAUAUCCAAAUGGCCGCACUCCUUCUUGAAAAAGGCGCAAAAGUAAAUGCGGCUGGGUCUUCUUACGGUGGCCGAACAGCCCUUGUGGGAGCAGCAGAGCAUGGCCGGCUCGAUAUGGUUUACUUGCUGUUACAGAAUGAUCAGGAUGAGACGGGUCUUGAAGUAAGGUGUGAAAAGGCUGCCAAAUAUGCAGAGAGGGAGGGCCAUUCAAUCAUUGCGAAAAUCCUGAGAAAAUGGAAAGGCCCAGGAUCAGUGGUCUAA